CUUCCACCAGGCAUUAUAUAAAUGAAGAGAGAGAGAGAAGACUUCAAAAGUUGUUGCUGUGCUAAAGGGCGGAUCUGCGCUUUGCUGCAGACCAGCCCCACCCUUUUGGGGGUUAUGGCGGAGGCGGUUUCGAAUAACUCGAGGGGCGUGGCUAGAAGUGCAUUUUUAGGCAAAAAGCGUCACGACCAUUCUCUUCUGUUCCAUCUCUUCUGUUCCAUCUCUUCUCUCCUCUCUUAUCCUUCUCUACUUAUUUAUUUUUAUUUAUUGAAGCUACCUCUUGGACUAUUGAAGGCACCAGUGUGGAUUGUCAUGGAAGCAAGUGUACUCAAUGGCAGGGAAGUGAUAGGAGGCCAAGAAGACAAGGGAGUGGUUGAGAGACUCAAGAAUGAGCUGGAGAUUAUUAAUAACGACUUUAUGAAGGCAAAUGAAGAGAGAGCCAAAGCAGCUGAAUAUGGGUUAGUACUGUUGGAGGAGAAGCAGCAACUACAGUAUAGAAACGAAGAGUUGACAUCGCUCUACGAAACAACAAAACAAGAACUAGAGAAAUCAGCUACUACUAUAAGAUCAGUAUCGAGAGAUUACGAAAAGCGCAUAAAAGAUCUCGAGAGGCAGAGAGAAACGCUCCUGGUCGAGAUGGAAGAGAGAGAGAAAGAAAUGACAAGGAAGACUGUGCAGUUGGAGGAGGAGAGAAGAGGACUGGAGAGACAAUUGAAGAAGACUUCAUCGCAACUUGACUACCUCAUGGAGGGAAAUACUGCACUUAGCAAUGAAAAUGAAAAAAUAAAGAAGGACUACAGUACUGUCAAUGAAGAGCUGAGAGGCUACAAGAAGAGAGAGAUCACUAUGGAGGGAGAACUAGACAGCCUAAGACACGAAGUGGAUAGAGCAAGACCAAAACUCUUACAGCUGUCACAGUACAAAGAAGAACUUCAAAGUCUCACUGAAGCCAAUAAUUCGUUACAAAUGGAGCUAUCAUCGCUACAAGAUCAUUAUGAUAGUAUAGUACAUGAAAAGGAUGACUUAGAGCAGCAGACAAAGGAAGUUUAUGAGGCUCUGAACGAAGAGAGAGAGGCCAAGAGUUUACUCGAAACUAAACUGAGGAAAGACACGUUUAUUACACCUAACAGAGAAGGUGUGGCUAGGGGUGUAGCUUUAUUAAAGAGAGUAGCAGUAUCGGACGACAUGGUCACAACUUCCGUUCCAACGUCUCCAACCGAAAUUCAAAGCUCCACCCCUUUUACCGCCCACACAUCUAAAGAAAUGCCUAGUCUGUUAAGUGAAUUACAAAACUCUUUAAUGUCGUCUGAAGAAGACUCAAGCCACACCCAUCAGGAUGAAGUGAUAGCGGAACUAGAAAGCAAGAAUUCAUUAUUAGCAAGAGAGAAGGAGGAGCUUGAGGGACAAGUGUCGGCCAUUUUGAGCGACGUUGAUAAAUGGAAAAACAAACAUCAAGAACUGGCCGACACUCACGAGACUGACCUCAAUAGUCUCAGAGACGAACUGGAGGCUAAGAAAGAAAUAGUUCAUCAGCUCAACAAUAAAAUUAAUUCGUUGAAUGGAGAGAAAGUGUCGCUGGAGAUUGAAGCUGACGGGAUCAAAGAUGAAAUGACACGAUUUAAGGAAAGCUCUCAAACACAAUUAGAACAAUUAAUGAAAGAGCUGAGAGAGGAACAGGCUAAGAAGGGAGAGUUGAAAUCACGACUGAGCGAGAUCGAAGAUAAAUUAAUGAAUGCAACAGGAACAAGAGAGAAACUGGAGACAAUCCUAUUAUCUUCAAGGGAUGAGUUGGAUCUAAUGAAGGACGGCAUGAAUAAUCUUCACAAAGCAAUCAAUAGCUUACAGCAACAACAGCUACCCAAUGCAAGGACAGGUACUACAGAAAACAGCAGAACCAGUGAGGAGGGAUAUACUAUAAUAAUAGGUCAAGGAGUUGAAGAAAAGAGUAAAUCUAUUGCAAUAAAUAGAGAGAGUCAGUGUCUAACUGAAGUCAUUCAACUGAAGGAUCUAUUACAAUCAAUGUGGUCACCACUAGAAUCAUUCACUAAGAACAUGUUACAACAUAGUCUGAAGCAAUCAACAGAACAGCCACUGCUAGCUAAUGGAAAGGGUAUUCAUGGGAAUGGGAUUGCCGAGGGAAUGGGAAGCGUGGUUAACAGUCCUUUUCAGUCUCCACGGAAAGGCCCUUCAAGCAACAGUGAGGGCGAUAAAACUGAUGAUAGCAAAGAGAUGGAAGUCAUUAUAAAUAAACUAAGAGCUAAACUAGCCAAUAGGACUGAAGAGGUAACCCAACUACGAACCAUAAUGAAAGCAAGGCAGACUACAGGUGAGGUCACUGUUAGUAGCUUAAAGAGCAAGCUAGAGGGGCAAGCUAGGAGCCAUGAAGCUGAGAUCAAUCAGUUUAAGAAUAAGUUAAAGACACUUCGGAAAGAAAGGGACGAUCAGACAAGUCUUUGUGCUCUCACGUCUAAAAGAUGUCAGGAAUAUCUCGGUGAAAUAAGCAAAUUAAAGAGAAAGAUUGAUGAGGCAAAGAGUGAGAGCAAUCGGCUAAGAAGUGAAGCCAAGUUGUUGGAUGUUUAUCUCCAAAGAGCUAUAAAACAGAAACUCGACAUCAGUCAAAAGCUGGAGCGAUAUCAAGAAGAAGAGGAACGAAGUAAAGUAAUACCACUAACCCUCUCAGCUUCAAGAGUAUGACAGUCAAUACCUAUACUGGUUCAUGUUUUAAUAUUUUUAUUAUUAUUAUUAUCAUUUUUAUAACAAUGAGAUACUAUUGGUUAUUAAUAAUUACUAAUAGUUAUUGAUGGUUAUUAAUUCUACUUGCUUUAUUCCGUGCUCUCCGAAGUGCUAUCUCCUUCUAAUCUUUG